CCCCGGAGCGCACCGGAGCCGCAGCGCGUCACUUUUGCUGAUGCAUGACUGGAAAUUUUUGACAAGAUAAAUUGCAUUCUUCUGUGAAAUAUUCCAGGAAAAAGUAUGAAAAACAGCUGCUUUGAGGAAUCGUAAUUGCGGUGCGCUCAAAAGCACACGAGUAACAACUUCACGUUCCUUUAGAAAGGCGACAAAGUGACAUUUCUGCGCGUCGCUCGUUUGCGCUCGUCACAUGCGUAAAAGUUUUUUAAAGUGCUCCUUCGCUUUUAUUUGGGACAUGGAGGAAAGAAAAUUCAUGAUGGAAAUAUGACAUGAUGGAUAUAUUUUACUGCAUCAGUGACAGGAGUCCUGUCAUGUUUUAACAGAAGUGAGAGUGUUGCAGUCUAACGUGGUGAUCUAUCCAUUCAUACUUGGAAAGGAGUAACUGUGUUUCUCAGCAUUGAUACUUAAAAGUUAUUAUCAGCCAGAAACGCUUGUGCCCUGAUGUCAUGGGCUGACCUGGGACCGCGCAGCUGAUAGUGUGCGGGACAAUGUCGGGACCCUGCGUCCGCAUCCCGUUUUGGGUUCGUGUGUUUCUCCUGCUGCUGCUUCACAGAGUCUCUGCAGGCUGUCCGGAGCUCCUUUCCAGCGGCUGCAGCUGCGCAGAGGACCGCGGUAAAGCUCACACUGCGCCCUGGGCGCGGAGGAAAGUGAGCUGCGUUGGGAAGGAGCUGACUGAAACGCCCGAAGUCAGUCUGCUUCCCAACAGGACCGUCUCUCUAAAUCUGAGCAACAAUCGCAUCCGCGUCCUGAAAAAUGGCUCUUUCGCUGGCUUGUACUCCCUCGAGAAGCUGGAUCUCAGGAAUAACUUGAUCAGCACCAUCAUGCCUGGAGCCUUUCUGGGUCUCACAGCUCUUCGAAAACUUGACCUAUCCAGCAACCGAAUUGGCUGCCUGACCUCAGAAGUGUUCCAGAGACUUACCAACCUCACAAAAUUAAACAUCUCUGGAAACAUCUUUUCCUCUCUGGAUCCACAUUUGUUUAUGGAGUUACACUCUCUAAAGCUGGUGAACUUUCAUUCUGAGUUCCUGUCAUGUGAUUGCGGUCUGCACUGGGUCCCAGGCUUUUUCCACAGCAGUUCUGCUCGGCUUGGGGAAGAAACACUGUGUGCGUAUCCCAGAAGACUUCAAAACAAACCCCUGCGUCUCCUGAGAGAGACUGACCUCAGCUGUGAGGGUCCGCUGGAGCUGCACACGCUGUCUCUGUUACCCUCGCUGCGACAGGUCGUGUUUAAGGGGGACAGGCUGCCUUUCCAUUGCACUGCUUCACUGGUGGACAAAGUCACUGCUCUUCACUGGCGACACAACGGACAGUCUGUCACCACUGACCCUACCAGUGGAGUUCAUCUGGAAGAGAGUGUACAGCAUGACUGCACCUUCAUCACCAGCGAGCUGAUCCUGUCAAACGUCCACAUCGAGGCGAGUGGUGAGUGGGAGUGUGUGGUGUCCACAGGCCGUGGGAACGCCUCGCGCAGUGUGGAGAUAGUGGUACUGGAGAACAGCGCCUCCUUCUGUCCGGAGCAGAGAGUGACUAACAACCGAGGGGAGUUCAGGUGGCCUAGAACUCUGGCUGGCAUCACCUCCUACCAGCACUGUCUGCAGCUGCGCUACCCCUCCUUAACUAUAGGGGGCGGCGUGGAGCAGAAGAAGGCUUCACGUAACUGUGACCGCUCUGGACGCUGGGAGGAGGGAGACUACUCUCAGUGCCUCUAUACUAAUGACAUCACACGGGUCCUGCAUACCUUCAUACUGAUGCCCAUCAACGCCUCCAACGCAGUGACUCUGGCACACCAGGUGCGAUCAUACACUCUGGAGGCCGCCGGUUUCACAGACACGGUGGAUGUUCUUUAUGUUGCUCAGAUGAUGCACAAAUUCAUGGACUAUGUGACAGAACUGCGUGAGCUGUCCGAGUUGCUGGUGGAAAUGGGCAGUAACCUGAUGCAGGUAGAUGAUCAGAUUCUGGCUCGAGCCCAGAGAGAGGAAAGAGCUUGCAGUUCAGUCGUCUACGCACUGGAGACUCUCGCCUGGCCUCAGCUGCACUCUCACGCACAGGACUUCUCCAAAAGUUCUCGUAACAUUGUGAUGGAGGCUCACCUGAUUCGUCCUGCUCAUUUUACUGGCAUGAGCUGCACGGUCUAUCAGAGACGAGAGGGGACAGGAGGGAGCCAGGGGCAUGAUGGGAUUGAAUCGUCCCCUGAGCAGCAACUGCGAUUUCGCUGCACCACAGGAACACACAACACCUCGCUGAACGCUUUUCAUCUCAAGAAUGCAGUGGCUCUUGCUUCAGUGUCUCUCCCUGCGUCUCUUUUUCCGCCGAACGCUCCUCCUGACUGUAAGCUGCAGUUUGUGGCAUUCCGCAAUGGAAGAUUCUUCCCAUUUACCAGCAAUUUCACUGGACAUUCGGACCUUGCCCGCAGACGUGGCGUCAACACUCCAGUUAUCUACGUUGACCUUGAUGGUUGUAGCAUGUGGAAUCAGUCCGAUCCCAUUAUUGUGUCACUACGACACACAUCACCUGGAAAUGACCCUGUUGCUGCCCACUGGAGCUUGCAGGCGCUGGAGCAUCAUGGGAGUUGGAGUCUGGAUGGCUGUCAGCUGGCCCAUAGUGAUGCAUCCACCUCUACGCUGCACUGCUCUGUGCUGAGCAAUUACGCUGUACUUCAGGAGAUGCCAGAUUUCCCGGGUUCACCUUUGAUUCCAGUGGAAGUGCUCCAUCCAGUGAUCUACACCUGUACUGCAGUGCUGCUCCUCUGUCUCUUCACCAUCAUCAUCACCUAUAUAUUACAUCACAGCUCUAUCAGAAUCACAAGGAAGAGUUGGCACACUCUCCUGAACACUAGUUUCCACAUCGCAAUGACUUCUGCAGUAUUUGCUGGAGGCAUCACUCUGACAGGAUACCCAGUUGUAUGCCAGGCAGUGGGGAUUGUUCUUCACUACUCUUCUCUGUCCACUUUGUUAUGGAUCGGAGUCAGUGCCAGAGUCAUCUAUAAAGAAGCAUUAUUAAGGACUCCACAGCAACUAGAAGGAGAGUCUGCUGUACAACCAACCCAGCGGCCCAUGCUCAGCUGCUGGUUGGUAUGGCAACCCAGUUUCGGAGCUUUCUACAUUCCAGCUGGAUUGAUCAUUCUUGUGACCUGGAUCUACUUCCUGUGCACUGCUUUCUGCCUGAGGUGCCGAAACUUCCAGGAGUCCAAAGAUCCUCCUUGUUCCGCCUCUGAACCCUCAACCUUGCCUGAGAGCCAACCGGCAAUCAGCGGCAGCACCAGCCUGGUCUCGACGGACUCUGUGGUGGGCCCGGUGCAUGCUGGGACGACGGUGGAGGACCAGUACUCAUUGAAGGUCCAGUGUUUGGCGCUGGUGGCAACGCAGUUUGUGUUUGUGGGGCUGUGGUGCUGCGGCGCUAUGGCUGUUUGGCAUGUGGAUAGAGAGCGGAAACUCUUCAGCUGCCUGUAUGGAGGAACGGCUACCGGAUUAGGAAUCUUCUUGGUGCUCCAUCACUGUUUCAAGCGUUUGGAUGUCCAGGCAGCGUGGCUAAGUUGUUGCCCCAGGUACCGUCGCUCCCAACCCAUGCCAGCUUAUUCCCACCCUUGCACUGCCACCGUAGGCGUCCAGAGUGCCUCGGAAAGGGGCUCCCAACUUUUUGUAGGAUGCCAUCCGCCGACGGACACCAACAAUUUCUCUUCUUCUGCCAGGUCGUCUUCUACUCAAAGUGGGACGACGAGCAUUGCCGCCGGGCCUUGCAAACUCACCAACCUCCUUCAAGUGACACAGGACAACGUGAAUAACGCUGCCCGAGCGCCAACGGGAACUAAUACCAACACAAGCACGAGCACGGAGAACAACAAGCCGGCCAACAAUCUGCUACCCAGUCUACUGCCCAUCCAGCAGCCUCAAAGAAGGAAGGCUUGCAGUAGAACAAGGGGUGGCAAUACCCAAUACCAUCACCGAGGGGACGGGAGAGGGCACUACCGCCUUAAAGCUCUCAGAGCAGGUGGAGGAGGUAGCAUGGGCGCUUUGGGACCUUCUGGGACAGAGCAAUCAAACAUCCACCAGCUACACAAACACGCUUCCAGUGAGAAUGGAAGUCUACGGAAUAGCCAUUCAGAGGGUCAGAACGGCCUUCUGACCAAUGGGCGGCACAGAGGGGAGGGAUUAGCGACAAGCCCUUCGGAAGGUAGCGAUGGAGGUAGCAGUGGAAGUAGAAAACCUUUUCCCCUGUUGCCUUCGUUGGCAAGCAGGUCCGCCAUGCAGCAGAACACUCAACGGCCCAGCGCUAGCAAAGACAAUCUUAAACUGUCCGUCGCGGCUGAGAGAGAGUCCAAGCAGAGCUCGUUCCCUCUAAAUGUGGCAUCAGAUGUCACUGCGACAGACUCGUUGAUGACAGUUUCAGCACCAAAUGGAACACUAAAGGGAUCCGUGGUGGAAUUAGACACUAGCGGAACUGACCAAUCACAGGGUUCGGUUGGUAUGAAGAGCAGGGUAUGGAAGAGCGAGACGACUGUAUAAUAGUUGAAAGAAUUUGAAGGUUUCUUGAAGGUGUGACCUGUAUGCCAGGAGCCAAAGCAUGGAUUUCUUUCUCCACAACCCUGCUGAAAAACUAGUUUAAACCAGUCUAAGAUGGUUUGAGGGCUUAUUUGGUCUGUGGGCUGGUUUUGGACACUUUUCAGCCAAGCUAAACAUCAACUUGGCUUGGCUGGGAGACCAGCUAAACCAGCUAAGACCAGGAAACCAGUCUAGCAGUGUUGUAGAACUUAAGACUGGAAGACUGCCUUAUUAUUUUUUAUGGUCUUUCUUCGGAUUCCGGUCUCAAGUACUACAUGAGUUGCUAAUCCUGCUGAUACAUUUUGUAGUCUGUGCACAAAGUCUCGCGCAUAUCUGCUCUGCCGCUGGAGCACAAGUUUCACGCGACACUUGUGAAACCUUGCUUCAUUCAAGAUCCUCUUCAGGUCACUGUCUUGACUCGAACUAAGACACGAGACAGAUUUCAGAGUCCUGUUUCUUCCAGUUUCAAGUAUUACAACACUGGAGCUUAGGCUGGUUCAAUCAGGGGGGGUUUUCAGCAGGGAAGAGAAACAUAUGGCUUAUUUUAUGAUGAACCACCUAUACUUGUAAGUUUUGAAGGUGUUUGAACCGUCCAACAUGCUAAGAGCUAAUGCUAAGCAUGCUAAUAAAGAGAAGUUGUGUGAGGCUGUAUUAUAUGGAAAAAAAAUGAGGGGUGUAUAUGCAAAACCUGACUCGUUUAAAGACAAUGGUGGAGGAGUUGGUUUGACAAAAUAUGCAAAAUCAUUUUGAUUGAUUUUGUUUUCCUGUAAUACCACUUAACCUAAAAAACUGUUUGAACGUAAUGAAUCUUUUAAUAUUGAAUACGCCAAGGGAUCUGAACCUAAAGUUUAGCCAUUUAGCUGUAUUGAUCUUUGUUUCUGACUAUGCAUAUUGAUCAGGAUGGAGGAGUGUCUGCUUGUUACCUAAGUUUUCUUGUUCAGUCCCUUUGUGUCCUUGUCUCUUGUGUGUUCAUAUGUUUUUAUUUACACUAUUUCAUUUACAUGUCUGUAAGAAUGUACAUUGUGUUAUGUAUGUAUUGUUUGACCAUUACAGUGUUAAUUCGACUCUCUGGCACUAAUAAGCAGCUUUUGACAUCAGUCCCACACAAAUAUAGAAAACAAAGACUUGCCAUUGAUCCAUCCAUCCCCAACAUUUCCAUCCAAUGUUAACUGGUGCUGGGAAUGUAGUUCUUAUUCUUCUGAUGUCGUUCAGCAGAAAGUAAACUAUUGCAUGCAGUUUUUAGUGAAUAGGAACCAUUUGGAAAAUGUUGCUUAACAGUGCCCUCUAUUGGGCCAUUCCUGCCAUUGAUCAAAUGCACUGAUAAUGAAUGCUGUUGAUGGACAAAUGAUAUCAACAAAGUGACAGCUGCUUCGGAUGUCACUCCAGAUUUACUAAGGGGUUUGAUAAUGAAGGGCAAGUGUUUGUCCAUACAUGUUCUGUUGUAGCACCAUGUGUAACAUGGGCUUUUUUAGCACUUGGUUCAGGUUAUGAAGAGAGCAUUUGGCAUAUUCUUAUAAAUAAUAAUAAUGUAUUUAUAUUAUACAUAUCAGUAUUAAUAUUGAUGUAAUUGUAAUUGUCAUUAUGCAAUUUUAUGAUAUCAGUAUUUUACAGAGGAUUGGCCUAAUCAGUUUUAUAAACACUCUGUUUUAGUCUAAAAGCACACUAGCAAUCAAAGCUAGAUCUCUCACGCUUUUUUCUUCAGAUUAUUACCAUACAUAGAGCAAGUUUUGUUUAUUACAAAGCACUGUUCAUUCCACAAAUGGUUAGCAAGAAGAACUACUAAUCAACCUGGAAUUGUUAGUACUCCUUCUUAAGCUUAUGCAAAGUUCUUAGGAACAAGGAAUUGGUGAUUGGUCUUUAAUUUUUCAAGAGUGUCAAAAUGUCCUUUCUCACGAAAGCAAAGAAUGGACAAUCCUAACCAAAAGCAAAAGGGGAAUUCAGAUCUUUGCACUGACUGUUUUUUCCAAGGCCCACAAGCUAAAUCAGAUACUGAUUGUAGUGCCGUUAUUUUUUAGAUCACAUCAUGAUGAAGUCACAAGUGUUGCCUGUCUUUAGCUUUAGCUGCACUUGGAUUAAAAUAAAAUUAUUUUAAGUGUGUUCAGGGAUAUUUGUAUGCCAAAGAAGCUCGAGCUUAUUUGAUAUUGUGUAGCAUCCCAUUUGUCUUUUACCCCUUCAACUUCAAGCCAGAAAUCUCCCUUAAAAUGGUUAAACAUUCAAAGACCACAUAUUGCUAAAGAACCAGUUCUCCCUUUUCCCAAAUCAAAAAGCAUUUAACGUCAUGAUGACCAGUGUGAUAAUUUUGUGAUUAAUGUAAGUUAAACUAUCAGUUAUGAAGGCUUAUAAUAGUUUUUUUAAAUUAGUUUUUGGUGCAAAGUGCCAUUUGAAACUAUAACAACAAAGAAUGUAUUACAAUAAUACAUGGAAUUUGUGGCCUGCUCAAAGUUUGCCAUGUUUAUGUAAUACUUUUUUUUUCUCCUUUAAAAAAGAUUGACAUUUUAAAUGGCUUAUUUGUGCAUAAUGGUUUCAUGUGACAUUGCGAUAUUUGCAUGAACAAUUUCUUUGCCUCUGGGUAGGCCUAGAGCUUCUGAGGGUCAGUAUAAAUUCAGUGUUAUCCUAAAUAAUGUUUUGAUUGUCAUCUCGAAGUUUAAAAGGGAGAUUUCAAUAAUAACAUGAAUAUUUAUAUUUUUUUGUCACUCACUUCAAUAUGAAAAUGAUAGCAACAUUUUUGUAUCGAUUUCAGUAAUAUAUUUCCUAUAGAUGUUAAGAUUGUGCCUUAUCAAUGACCUGAUUCAAAAAAUAAAGGCUUGGAAAAAUGCCAUAAAAUCAAAGUUACUUCACUCAUAUUUUUAUGUGUCCUAGAUGUGAUUUAAUGAGGAACAACCCCAGCCCACGUUUUGCAUUAGCCAAUUACGUAACUUCUGUUUCUAUGUAAUAUGUAAAUCU